UCUCGUAUUUCUUAUUUUCUAUAUGUUCAAGAUGGUGAGACAAGAGACGCCGGAGGCCUUUAUUGCCGAUAUGCUAUUGUUUGUUAAGGUUUUUCUCGUUGCCCUCACUUCUAUGAUGGAUUAUCAUCUUGCAAUUUGGUACGUAAUUGUAUUUACAGGGAUAUACGUUUUUACUCAGCAACCUGUCUUCCAAGGGUCAGGUACCUGUAGUAAGUUAACUCCAUUGCAGCUGGAAACCUUGCUGACUGAGGGGAACAAGUCAAGAUUAUGGCUGGUAGAGUUUCGUGUUUCCUUCUCAGCUGACUGCAUACGUUCUAGUCGAUGCUUGCCUGACCUAUCAGUUACAUAUUCAAACAAACACCUAUCAUUUGGAGUAGUUGAUCUUGGGCUCUUUCCGAAUGUUGCUGAGAAAUUUGGAAUAUCACUUGGUGGAAGUAUGAAUCAACUUCCUUCCUACAUCUUAUUUGAGAAUGCAGCCGAGGUUGCUCGCCUUCCAGAUUUGGAUUUUGAAUUAAAAGCAUACCCUCCAAUAACUAAGGGCAGCUUCCUGAAAAGUCUCUCUGUUAGUCCGCCUUUCUUUCUUCUUAAAGCGAUAUCCUCUAUGGGGACAGUUCAUAGUUCAAAGGAUUUCAGGGGACUAUGAUUUAAAACGCACAUGAACAACGACUUCUUUGUAGACAUUUUGACCUUGAUCGCCGCCUCCUUGAGUAUGUAUAUAAAAAGUAGAAUUAGUUCAUGCUUUAUUCAAGCAGCUUUUCUUUUUUAUUUCACGCUUCACGGGUUCUAUGUAAGAUAUGAGUUGUAUUACAUGUAAAGAAAAUGGAACUCGAUCAUGUAUGGAUUUCAAUUAUGUCUUAUGCCAGAGUUGACUUACAAAUUGCAAGCUCAAUUGUAAACUGGUGAUGAGAUUGCAAUCUCGAGUUUAUAAUUUCAGGCCACUUGAGCACGAGAUUCCA